CCCGCUUAGCUCCGAUCGCCGCUUUACCAAUCCAGACCUUCCGCCCCGUUUGUCCAUGAGCACACGCUCAACCAAGGUUCCCCUCAUAUAAAGUGCUGUUUCCGCCACCAAGCCAGUAACCUACGCUACCUCCAUCGCUGUGCACAUUCUCCCGUCACACCCGACGACAACUUAACCCCGCGACCACCCCGCAAAGCCAGAAAGCAAGAACGAAACGAAGCCAUCAACCGGACCAAAAUGUCUACCGCCGCCCGCCGCCGCCUAAUGCGUGACUUCAAGCGCAUGCAAACGGACCCUCCCGCCGGCGUCUCCGCGUCCCCUGUUCCCGACAACGUGAUGACAUGGAACGCUGUUAUCAUCGGCCCUGCGGAUACCCCCUUCGAAGACGGGACCUUCCGCCUGGUGAUGCACUUCGAGGAGCAGUACCCCAACAAACCACCGUCGGUCAAAUUUAUCAGCCAGAUGUUCCACCCCAACGUCUAUGCCACGGGCGAGCUCUGCCUCGACAUAUUGCAGAACCGAUGGAGCCCAACAUACGACGUCGCCGCCGUCUUGACGAGCAUCCAAAGUUUGCUCAACGAUCCGAACACCGGUUCUCCUGCCAACGUCGAAGCCUCGAAUCUGUACAAGGACAACCGCAAGGAAUACUACAAGAGGGUUCGGGAGACUGUAGAAAAGAGCUGGGAGGGCGAUGAGUAAGGGCUCAGGCGUCAAGUGAAUCACCUUUGCCCAGACUCGCACUCAGCCUACGGACCCGGAGUUCGCUCCUAGUCACUUGGCCGAGACUCCCACACGCACGUUAUACCUUCACUCGGAUGCCUACCUGCUACUUGAUAGCACUGGGCGGUUGUCGAGUGCCGGCGCAAGCUGGUUGGCAGAUGCCUGCAUUUCUGGCUGGGUUAAGCCGUUAUCCCCCGCGCUCCGCCGAGGCUUCUUGCCCUGCUUUCCUUUUUUCAGACAUCUCCAGGUCUGGCGUUUUGGGCGUUUCGGCUGGUGUAUUUCCUUGUCACGAUUCCAUACCCGACUAAGAAAGCGUUUUUUUUUUCUGUUCUUGAC